AUGGCGAUUCCUACCUUGACAUUUUCCGAGGAUAAUGUCGAGACGACCUUUGCAACAAACCACAUCGGCCAUUUCCUUUUCACGAAUCUUAUCAUGCCAAAGGUUAUCAAGGCUUCUGAAAUCUCCAAAACACCCACCAGGGUCAUCAAUGUCUCUUCUUAUGGGCAUCAAUUUUCUCCCGUCCGGUUCUCGGAUAUCAACUUCAGCAAGCUGGCGUCUGAGCUCCCCGAACAGGAACGUCCCGAUAUUGACAAGGCCAAGUACCUGACGGGCAACGAUUGGUCCAACGAGGCGUACGCCAGCUUCUCCUCUUACGGGCAAUCCAAGACUGCCAACAUCCUCUUCUCAGUUUCCUUGAACCAGAAGCUUGGAGAGAAAUACGGCAUCGCUUCCUAUGCCGUCCAUCCUGGUGCGGUCGACACCAAUAUCAACCGACACGCCGACCCACGGGAGAUCGAAACCGCCUUGGCAAGAGUCAAAGAACUUGGCUUCGAUUCUUCGUCCAAGACGCCCGACCAGGGUGCCAAUUCCACGGUUCUUGCUGCCGUCGACCCGGGCCUACCACCGGUCGACACCGGCGUUGUUGAUGUCACUGGCGUGUACUUGUCCGACUGCAAGCUGGACAACGAUUCAUGUGCCACAUUUGCGAGGAACAGGGCCCUGGCGGAGAGGCUCUGGGCGCUGAGUGAAGAACUUGUGAACCAGAGGUUUGAAUUCUAG